AAAACAAGAUGGCAGCAGCAGGUUCAGAUCACGGGCUUAAGAGAAUAGUUUGGAAAAGAAUAAAAGACACAAUUAUCACAGACUGCAGAAAAUCUGAAUUAUGGAAGAUUUUGAUUCUAGACCCUUUCACCACCAAGCUCCUCUCAUCGUGUUGCAAAAUGUCCGAUCUGAUGGCAGAAAAAAUAACAAUUGUGGAGGACCUGUUCAGAAAGAGGGAGCCGGUUACUGAAAUGAAGGCCAUCUACUUCAUGACGCCCACUUCUAAGAGUGUAGACGCCUUCAUCGCAGACUUCAAGAGCAAACCCAAGUACAAAGGAGCCUAUGUUUAUUUUACUGACUUCUGUCCUGAUGACCUCUUCAACAACAUGAAGCUUUACUGUGCCAAGUACAUCAGUGUCUGCAAGGAAAUAAACAUCUCUUUCUUGCCAUUGGAGGCACAGGUGUUCACAUGCGAUAAUCCGGGGGCUUUCCGAAGCAUCUACAGUCCUCACAGUCGAGACAAAAGGAAGACACUGGAGACUCUGGCGGACCAGAUUGUGACGAUCUGUGCCACGUUGGACGAGUACCCAGGGGUCAGAUACAAGAAAGACAGCAACAUGGAGAAUGCUAAAAUACUUGCGGAGCUGGUUGACAACAAGCUGGCCAGACACUAUGAGUUGGAUGACUACGGAAAGAAGAAGGAGAAGACUCARGCCCAGCUGCUGAUAGUGGAACGAGGUUUUGACGCGGUGAGCCCCAUCCUCCACGAACUCACCUACCAGGCCAUGGUCUACGACCUUGUUGAUAUUCAGGACGACACGUACAGGUACAAGUCCAAAGACGGCCCAGAGAAGCAGGCCCUGCUGAAUGAAGAUGACAUGCUUUGGGUGAAACUCAGGCACAAACAUAUCGCUGAAGUCUCAGAGCAAAUCCCCAAGAUGGUGAAGGAAAUAUCUGCCAAGAAGAAACAGCCAGAUGGGAAGAUCACAAUUAGCAAUUUGGCCCAAAUGAUGAAGAAGAUGCCUUCAUUCCGUAAACAGCUGACUGAGAAAACUGUACAUCUGCAGUUGGCUGAAGAUUGCAUGAAGCAUUUCUCAAACAACGUGGAAAAGAUUUGCAAAGCUGAACAGGACCUUGCAGUCGGUUCUGAUGUGGAAGGGGUGAAGGUGAAAGAUUCCAUGAGGACUCUGCUGCCGGUGCUGCUUCACCCUUACAGCAAAUAUGACAAAAUACGAGCUGUGCUGCUCUACAUCUUCAGCCUUAAUGGAACAACAGAAGAAAACUUAAAUAAGCUCAUCCAGCAUGUUCAGAUUGAGAAUGAACGAGAGUUUAUCCUAAACUGGAAAGAAUUGGGAGUCCCCAUUAUUACGUCACCUAGUUUAUUCUCUCGCAAACCAACCCGGCGGGAUCGUUCCCAGGACGAGUUGUACAGCCUUUCAAGAUGGACUCCAGUCAUAAAAGAUGUGAUGGAGGAUGCUGUGGAGAACAAACUGGACACCAAGGAAUGGCCUCAUCAGUCAGAGUGUCCUACYGCCUGGAAUGGCUCUGGAGCUGUCAGCGCACGCCAGAAGCACAAACAGAGUGCUCAGGACGAAMGGCGGACUGGCUCGCGCCUUAUCAUCUUUGUGAUCGGAGGAAUAACUUACUCUGAGAUGCGCUCCGCCUACGAGGUCACUCAGGCUGUAAAAUCCUGCGAGGUCAUCAUAGGGUCUUCUCACAUUUUGACCCCUGUCCAGCUUCUGGAUGACAUCAAAGCUCUGAGCAAAGGCCCAAUGGAAGUUUUAACAAUUGAGGAACGAAACAACGUCUGAAAAUCUGAAAAAAAAAAAACCUUCCUGAGCUUCUCUGUGUCCUUACAUCUCAAAUCUCUCAGCAAGCUGUUCUCAACUUCCUUAAUGGAAUACUAAAGGGAAUUAUCCUUUGCUCAUUUUUUUUCCCCAUUCAUUGCUGCACAUYUAUAGUUGUAGACAUGAGGACAUGUUGUGCAGCUCGGUCAUUUCACUUUGCAGAAUUUCUUAUCUGAUUUCUAGCAUGCUAAUAUAGCUGUAAAUUAUGUAGCUCAUAUUCAAAGUCAAUUGACGUCAUCCUACUAAGUGUGUUUUAUUUUGAAUAAAAAGUUUAUUAUGCCUAUUUGUUCACCUUGGCCUUAAAUAAAGAUGCUGGUAAUGUUACAAACUGAGGAACUUCUGAAGACCAUUGGGAGGCAGAACAGUGUGACGCGGUGGGGGGAAUAAAAGCACAAAACUAAUGUAUAUACUGUAUGUAUGCACUGAGUCUCUGUCAGUUUGACUUUUCUGUUCAUUAUUGUUGAUGUAAACAUUUAAUGUAAUCUGAAUUGUGCUUUUUAACAAAGUAUUUACACUUUUCUUGAACUGACUAAUAAACAGAUGAYGUGGUUCAACUUUU